GUUGUGAGCGUCACGUUCGUGAGGAGCGAUAGAUGCGUUGUUGUAUCGAAUAGCUUUAUUGAUCUGCUGUGAAGUUCCAUCAGCAGGCAUGAAGUGGGGUGACGACCAAAUGGUUAAACUCGUAUAUUUGUACAAAAUACAUCCUUGUCUAUGGAGGCGAGAUCUGCCAGAGUAUAAAGACAAGACAGCCCGGGAGCUCGCUUUGAAGAGCAUAGUUGCACAGCUGAACAUUCCGAACUUCUCAUAUAUCGAUUGCAAGGAAAAAAUAAAGAAUGUACGAUCACACUAUUGCCAAGAAUUGAAGAAGGUCAAGAAUUCAAUGCGUAAUAACUCUUCAGCAGUUUAUAAACCGACUCUAGCAUGGUUCCAUGAUCUUGAUAGCUAUUUGAGGAAUUAUAUCACGCAGAAACCGAGUGUAGAUGAGAUGUUGCACAUUCAUCUCCCAUCAUUCAAAGAUGAAGUGCAGGAAGAAGAGCCCACUAUUAGUUCACCACCUGUUCUUUCUCCGCCAAGUCCCGCAAUAAGUGUCUCUUUAGACCGUCCAUCAAGUCCGGAGUCAAACGUUCAUUCUGCGGCUACUCCAGUAAAGUCCAAAAGGAAAAGGCAAGUUGAACACGCGGAGGGCAAAUGCUAUCGUUGCAAAAAGACUGAAUUCGACAUUUUUGGCGAAAGUGUAGCGGCACAGCUCAGUACUAUGUCUUUCGUCGACGCACUUCAGCUGCAGUUGAAGAUUCAGGAGUUGAUAACGCGGGAGCGGCUCAUAAGUUUUCAGCAAGACCCGUUGCCUUAGAGUAGUGUGUGUAGGAAAUUGUUCUGGUGAUUUUUUGGAAUGGAGAAGCUGAACUCUCGACGGCAACAUUUUGCUUCAUUUCCUUUAUAAUAUGCAGAUACAUGCAAAGAAAGACUGUCAGAAAAUGUCUGAAUCAUUCGCAGAGUGAUAUGCUAGAAGUGAAAGUAUAAUAUUUUUAUAAAAUGUAUAUCAGUUAACCGAGUAAACAACUCUCAAAGA